CAGUGUGUUGGUGACAUUUGAUCAGACCGCUCAGUACCAACACACACGCACAAAACACAUAAUAACAAAUAGAAUCGCUGUCCACUGUGUUCAGCUGCUAACCUAGAACAGUCUCUGAUGUGGGUGUAAGUUCAGUCCUCCACCAUGGCUACAUCAGACAGGACAGCUGGAAAUGGCAGUGAUGAAGCAGCCAUACAGAGAGAGGAAGAGAGAGAGGGCGAGAGAGAGGAGGAGCUCAGGCUCGUGCUGAUUGGCCGGACCGGCUCUGGGAAGAGCGCUUCGGGGAAUGCCAUCCUGGGACGACGGCGCUUCCUGUCUGAGCUGAGGGCAAGCUCUGUGACGCGAGUGUGUGAGCAGGCCAGUGCCGAGCUGCCCGAGGAUGAAGAUGAAGGUGAUGAGGGCUCCAGCAGGUGGAGGAGGGUGGUGGUGGUGGACAUGCCAGGAUUCGGAGACACUCGAUUGGACGCAGCUCUAGUUCACAUUGAAAUCGCAAAAUGUGUGACGCUGACUGCCCCUGGACCUCAUGCCUUCCUGCUGGUCAUACCGCUGGGCCGUUACACAGAUGACGAGAACCGAGCUGUCCGAGAGAUGCUCCAUGUGUUUGGUGAAAUUGCUCUACAGCGGCACACGCUGGUGCUCUUCACCCAUGGGGACGAGCUGGAGGAGAACAGAGGUGGGAUAGAGGGAUUUCUCGGUCAAGAUGACACGCCAGAGGAGCUGAAGACUUUAAUCCAGACCUGCAGAAGUCGAUAUCAUGUUCUAAACAACAAGGAUCCAGGAGACAAGCAGCAGGUGAAAAUGCUAUUCAGAAAAGUGGAGAAGAUGAUAGAGGAAAAUGGGGGACAGUUCUACACGAGUGCUAUGUUCCAGCAAGCUGAACUUGCCAUCCAGGAAGAAGAAAAGAGGCUGAUGAGAGAGACAGGAGAAGGAGAAGGAGAAGAGGAAAGAAUGGAUGAAAGAUUGGCAUUAGCUAAGAGGAGAAGGAUGGAUCUGGAGGAGGUAUUGAGAAGGAGGGAGGUGGAUGGAAGACGGGAUGAGGGUGACCAGGAGGACAAAUGUUUGGAUGAAAGGAUGAGUAAAGGGUGGGUUUUUUUGCAGGAGAGACGAGAACAUUGGAGAGAGAGAGAGAAGAGAAGAGGAAGCCGGCGCCGUUCACUCCAGCUAGCGGUUAGCCGCUUCCGUAGAGACGCAGCUCUGUCUCAGAAGGUUCUAGACCAAGUGAAAACGUUGGUGGCAGCUGGGGCAACAGGAAUGGCAGUGGGUGCAGUUUUUGGAGCUGCUGCUCCUCUGGCUAUGGCAGCCGGAGCGUCCAUGGUAGGCAAUUCGGUGGGGCUGGUUGGGGUAUCUGUGGCAGGAAGUAGUGUAGGUAAAGCCCUUGGCGCUAUUGUAGCAGCAGCAACCGGAAAAACAGCAGUAGCUGUGGGCGCUGCUACUGGAGGGCUUCUAGGGGGGUCCAUGGGGGCUCUAGUUGGGACAGAAGCAGAAGGGCCUGGGGAGGCAGCACUAGAAGCCAUGGGGCAGGUAGGCACAGUGGGAGCUACAGUGGUGGGUGUGGCUGCAGGAGUGGGUGGGGCUUUGGGGGUAGGGACAGUAAUGGGGGCACUGUUUGAAGGUGGGCCUGCACUAACUGGAGUGGAAGCCGCAGCUGGAGGAGCAGUUAGCAUCGCUAAUGCUACAGCUGUCGCUGCACCACAGGCAGUGGCCACCGGGGGUGCUGUGGGACGUGCUGUGCAAGCAGUAGGGGGUGCUGUGGCUGCACCACAAGCAGUGGCCACCGGGGGCGCUGCCUGCAGCGGUCAGAGUGGUUUAGCUGCUAGCAUUGGGCUAACAAGUGCUCUUGACACAGUGGGAACUACAGCACGGAUUUUAACAGCAGUGACGGAAAUUGGAAAGGCAGCGGCUGGAAUCAUAGUGGCCGGAGGACUCGUGGUGAAGGUGGUGAAGGAGAAGGUUCGAUCAGCAACUGAAAACACGGAGAGACACUCUUAUGAGAUCUACUGGAACAAAUAAGGGAUUGUAUUAGUACACUUUGCUUUGGAGCACAUGCUGAUAAUUUAAUACGUACAGUUUAAAUCUCUGAAGGUCCAGUCCAGGAUUAAAGUGCAGGCUUGCUGUUCCAUUAUUAAUCUUAGGUCUUAUUAUCCAAACUACUCUUCAGUGUUAUUCAGUAUCUUUUACAAACUAUUUCUUAUCUAUAAUGAAAGUGCUAUGAAUCUGGACCCAACGACAAAUCCUUAGGUUUUAAGUGUAAGGGAUUCAUUUCUCAGUUGAUUUGCUGGAGCAGUGGAACAAAAAUAGCAAUGAGUUUGACUGCCCUGAUUUGUGUAGUGCUAUUUUAUUCAAUCACUAUACUAAAAGAUUUUUUAAAUAAUUGAUGAUUAAAUCUCUAAGUCACUUUCCUUAUGAAGCAUCAGCACAGUUGAACAGACUGAUAUUUGCAGUGCAAUUUGAUAAUAUAGGUUUUUGCUCUUAGUUAUGGGUUGCAACCAAUAUUUGCACUUAAUGUUGCUGAAUGUCAAAGGUUCAGUCAUUUGCUUAACAUUUAUCCACUGCAUUGACAGGUUAUUAGGUACUGUUUUGUCAGACGUGGUACUGUCAUGGUCCUUUUCUGUUGAUGUACAGGGUGGAGGGAGCUGAUAAAUUGUGCAGCAACAGAUGGGCUACAGUCUGUAACUGUAAAAAAGAAAUGAUAUGGAGGACUACUUGAAGCAUGGUGUGUUCAGACCAUGCUUCAAGUAGUCCUCCAUAUCAUUUCUUUUUUUUGACAGUGUUCAACCCAGCUUCUAAAGCUCAAAACAGCAUUUUUUCCAGCAUCAGAUAUUUUAUUAUUUCUGUAGAGCACAGAACUUCAAGUAGACUUUGAUAGUUUUGCAAGUGACCAAACGGCUAGUCUUUAAAAAUUGCUUUGGUGAAAUAUGUCCUUAUAGAACAGACAUCCUUGUGGUGAUGUGCCUUCUGAUGGGGCUGUUUGUAUUUGUUUCUGAAGGAGGAGCCUGCUAAGAUCAAUAAAACUGCUUUCUUUGGAAA